AUGUCCAAAGGCCGUGUCUGUCUCGCCUACUCUGGUGGCCUCGACACCUCCACCAUCUUGGUCUGGCUUCUUCAGCAGGGUUACCAAGUUGUGUGCUACCUCGGAGAUGUCGGCCAAGAUGAGGACUUUGCCGCCGUCGAGGCCAAGGCCCUCAAGCUAGGUGCCGAGGCUUUCGUCUGCGAGAACCUUCAGCGUGAGCUUGUAGACGACGUCGUCAGCCGUGCCAUCAUGUGCAACGCCAUCUUCGAGGACCAAUACCUUCUGGGUACCGCAUUGGCUCGCCCUAUUAUUGCUCGAAGCAUGAUCCGAGUAGCUGAGAAGCACAACUGCGCUUACUUGUCCCACGGCGCAACAGGCAAAGGCCCAGGUUCGAUUCGAGGUUGGUCGCCGCCCGUGACUUUAUACGCCCUGAUGGGCCGCAAUGACCUUCUCAAAUUCGCCGCCGAGAACAACAUUCCCGUCUCAUCAACCCCCAAGGCACCAUGGUCCAUGGAUGAGAACAUCAUUCACACCUCUUAUGAGGCUGGUAUUCUUGAGGACCCCGAUCACACACCGCCGAAAGAGUUGUGGAUGCGAACCAAGGAUCCCCAGGACGCUCCCAACGAGCCCACCGAGUUCUCCGUUCACUUCGAGAAGGGCCUCAUCUCCAAGGUCGUUGUUGGCGACAAGGAAGUCACCGAUUCCGUUGAGAGCCUUAAAUUGGCUAUGAGAAUGGCGUUGGACGAGUUGAUAUCGUGGAGAACCCUAACCUCCGCCCUGUAUCAUAGCACCCCCGGUCUGACGCUCGCCCGUCUGGCGCACUUGUCCCUCGAAGGCUUGGUCAUGGAUGGCCGCGUCCGUGAACUCAGGGACCAGUUUUCCAGCAUCACUUGGUCUCGUCUCAUCUACAACGGCAUGUACUUUAGCCCCGAGCGCGAAUUUGUCGAGAACUCUGUCGUCUUCUGCCAGCACAACGUGACUGGUGUUGUCAGGCUUUCCGCCUACAAGGGCCACGCCUACGUCCUCGGUCGAUCCAGCAAUGCUUCCAACCUGUACUCGGAGCAAGAUGCUUCCAUGGACUCUCUCGAAGGGUUCUCUCCCAUGGACACUACUGGCUUCAUUGCCAUUCAGGCCAUCCGCCUCAAGAAGUAUGGUGAACAGAAGAUCAAGGAUGGCCAGCCCCUCAGCAAGUCGUGA